AUGCGAUUCGCGAGCAAGGCCGCCGAGAGCGCGUCUGCACGUCUCUGUGCGGACGCCGAAGCAGAAACAACAGCAACUGAUGUCUCAUCGGUUGCUGAAGCGACCCAGCCUGUGUCACUUGGUGAUGCAGGCGCUGGUCAUGAAGACACUCGUGUCUUCACAGAGUACGAGCUCGGUGUCUCGUACUCUCCUGAUACGGAUGACGGAUCCGUAUCGACGGCGAUCGAAUCCAAGCCGCCUGCCAAGCGUGGCAUGGACGAUGCUUUGCGUCGCAGCAUCUUUGGUUCAUCUGAUGAAUCAGAUGAACCAUCGCCGAAGCGAAGGCGCUCGAGGUCGCGAGACUCGGGCGCUAAUAGUGGUGUCGGUUCUCCUAUGGACACCACUUCACAGCGAGGUGCCAGUACUUCUGUCGGCACGUCGCAGGAAGAGCGGGACCGCAAUGUCUUGCGUCUCGCUCCUGAGAAGAAGGCAUGGAUGCCUCCAAAAUCCAUCAUGGAUCACUUGUCGGCGACGACGAGUGAUCGUUAUCGAACACGAUUGUUCGAUUCGUCAAGGAUCCAUCACCUUGACCCCAGCGCGAAAAACUAUCGCGCUGAACAUGAUUUCUUCAUCGAUGCUUUCUUUUAA